AUGAAACCUUUCCACCUAACCCAGAACCAAAACUAUCUAUGUCCUCUCCUAACCCUUUACAACAAUCCUCUCCAAAACAACCCUUAUUUAACCACCUUUGUUGAACCAUCCCAUAAUCUAAUUCCACAAACUCUCUUAUAUCAACUAAACUCACUAACAGAUGACCCUCCUUCACCAUCUCAUCAACAUCAAAAUGAACCCUUUUUAAAAACCCAUUCUAAUCUCAUAUGUAUACCUGUAAUUGACACUAACUUGAUGAAGACUUUUGAUGCUUCAGUUGACUAUGUAUUUGGCAGUGUCUCUGCCUCUGAUCCUAAGGGAAUGUCAUUUGAACCAACCUCACCUAAUGUCAUCAGCAUUCCUAUUAUCCCAAAAGCUAUUGACUUCACUUCUACUCCUCGGGAAAUAUUCUUUGAUUUUGAAUAA